CGCGGUGCUUCCGGUGCCAUGGCGGAGGAGUGGUUGGGCGUGGAGGCGGAGGGCAGCGGCGGCGAGGAGGAGGGCCCGGAGGAUGGCGACCGGCGGCACCGGCAGCUCCUGGAGGCGGUCAGCGCCCUGUCCGGGCGGAAGCGGCGGAAGCUGGCGGAGCGCUCCGAGGCCAGCGUGCAGGUGUCCGAGUUCAACGUCAGCUGUAAAGGUGCCGGGGAGAAGCUGGUCCUGUCUGAGCUCCUGCAGCCCAUCCGUGCCCAGUCGGCCCUGAGCAGAGUGAAGAAGGAGCUGAGCAGAGUGAAGCAGAAGAAGGCGGUGGAGCUGCCCCUCAGCAAGGAGGAGCAGGAGCGGGUCGUGAGGGAGGCUGCCUACGUCAAGACCUCCAAAGACGUCGGCAAAUGGCAGCCGGUGGUCCUGCAGAACCGUCGAGCAGAGCAGUUGGUUUUCCCACUGAAGCAGGAGGUCGUGGCCGUGGCCCCCCUGGAGCGAGUGGUUUCGGCGUGGAAGCCACGAACUCCACUGGAGCAGGAGAUCUUCGGACUGCUGCACAAAACGCAGCAGCCCAUCACAGACCCGCUGCUGACGCCGCGGGAGAGAGCCUCGCUGCAGGCAAUGAGCUUGGAGGAGGCCCGGCGGCGGCGAGCGGAGCUGCAGAAGGCUCGGGCCCUGCAGUCCUACUACGAAGCCAAGGCUCGGCGAGAGAAGAAAAUCAAGAGCAAAAAGUACCACCGCGUGCUGAAGAAAAGCAAGAGGCGCAAGGCCUUGAAGGAGUUCGAGCUGCUGCAGAAGUCGGACCCUGAGGCCGCCUUGGCGAAGCUGGAGGAGCUGGAGCAGCUCCGGAUGGAGGAGCGGAUGAGUCUCAAGCACCAGAACAAGGGGAAAUGGGCCCGCUCCAGGGCCAUUAUGGCCAAGUACGACCUGGAGGCCCGCAAGGCCAUGCAGGAGCAGCUGGCCAGGAACAAGGAGCUGAUGCAGAAGGUUCGGGUGGAGCUGCCCGAGGAGGAGCCAGAUGACGUGCCCGAGGAGGACCUCACGCCUGUGACCGUCCCCGUGGAUGCCAGCAGAGCAAACCCCUGGAUGCUGGGCAAGCCCAGCGACCCAGCCAAGGAACCGGAGGUGCAAGAGGGUGUUGAAGACGCUGCGGUGCCUGGUGCUGUAGAAAGCAAGGAGGAGAUGUCGGAGGAGGAAGAGGUGUCGGAGGAGGAGGCUCUGCUACAAGACUUUGAGCAGAAACGACACGCGCGGCAGCGGCGGGCAGGGAGCCCUGAGCAGCACGGUGAGGAGCCUGCAGCCCCGCGCAGGGCUGGGUGGGUCGCCAGGGUUUUUCCGACCCUCCGGGGGACAGCUCCAUCCCCCCCCGUCUGUGAGGAGGAGCAGGUGAGUGCAGAGAUCGAGCCGCCUCCCCAGGCCCAGGAGGAGACCCUGCUGUGGGAGCAGCUGGACCGCGUGCGGACGAUGGAGGACGUCGAGGCUCUGGCCUCCAAGGAGCCCUUGGAGGAGCAGGAGAAGCCAGCGGCCGCGGGAGCAGAAGAGCGAGCGCCCCAGCAGGAUAAAGGCAGAGCUGGGGCCAGGCCUGACAAGAAACCAACAGCCAAGAACAAAAUGAUAAGCUUGGAGUCCGUGCUGUCUGGAAAGCCCCAGGAGAUUCAGUGCCCCAGCCUACCCGUGGUGAUGGAGGAGGAGGAGGGUGGCAUCGACCAGCGAGGGGUGAUCACCGAGGCCUUUGCCGGGGACGACGUAGUUGCUGACUUCCACCGGGAGAAGAGCAAAGCGGAGCGGGACGCCAAGCCCCAGCCGGUGAACUUGGUGCUGCCGGGCUGGGGCGAGUGGGGAGGCACCGGGCUGAAGCCCAGCGCCAAGAAAAUCAAACGGUUCCUGAUCAAGCCCCCCCCAGCACCUCCCAGGAAGGACCAGCAUUUGCCCCACGUCAUCAUGAGCGAGCAGCGCAACAUCCAUGCGGCGGCACAUCAGGUCAGCGAGCUGCCCUUCCCCUUUGAGAGGCACCAGCAGUUCGAGCAGAGCAUCCGGACGCCCGUGGGCUCCACGUGGAACACGCAGCGUGCUUUCCAGAAGCUGACCGCCCCCCGCGUCAUCACCCGGGCAGGCCACAUCAUCCAGCCCCUGUCUGCUGAGGACGUCACCUCAGCCGGCAGCGGAGCCAAGCCAGCGCUAGAAAGGGCUCCCAAGCAGCGCGAGCAGGCCUCUCGCCGCCCGCACAAGAGAGCGCGAUAGCUCUCUCGUGCUAGGACUGGCCCGCGCAGCGCCGGGGAGCAGGUGGAGGGGCCGUGCCCGGGGGUUUCCCUCCCGGGGAGAGGCUCCUGCUUCUGUCAGGGGCUUUUUAAUGCUCCUUCCGCAAUAAAACUGCUGGGCUGCCGUGGCUGCCCCGGGGCCAGGACA